AUUUUCCAGAUGAUAUCUCUGUGCAGCUAAAGGAACCAUUUAGACUUGAAAAUCUAUAGAAAUAGAAAAUAUCUGUUCCAGUUUGCCUUAUAAGAACUGCUCAAAUGGAGGUGAGGUUAAAUCUACGCUGGAGACUCAUUCUCCUUGUCAUCAUUGAGGUAUUCCUGUUCUUAUCAUUAUGUGAUGGAGGAAAGAAGGAGAAUGAAACCAUCAAGAAGAAAUGCGAUACUUGUAAAUCACUCACAGACAGCUUCAAAGAGGGCAUGGAGCGCACAGCACGUUCUAUGUAUGAUGGUGGAGAUGCAGACUGGGAGGAGAAGAAACUAGGCAGUUAUGCUACCAGUGAAAUGAGAUUUAUUGAAAUUACAGAAAGCCUUUGUGACAGCAAAGAACAUGAUUGUCACAAUCUAUUAGAGAAAGAGGAGGAAUUAUUAGAAGAAUGGUGGAAAGAACAUCUCGAGAAACCAGAACUAUUCAAAUGGUUCUGCAUUGAAAACUAUAAAGUGUGCUGUCCUGAAAACACAUUUGGACCUGAAUGUGAAGAAUGUCCGUAUGGAGUGGAAAGAUCAUGUAAAGGAACUGGAAAAUGUCACGGCGCAGGCACUAGAGGGGGUACUGGAAAAUGCAAAUGCAAUGCUGGUUAUAAAGGAGAACUAUGUGAUAUAUGUAAGGAUGGUUACUAUCAAGUUAUGAAGAAUGAGACGCAUACAACAUGCAAAGCUUGUUAUAAAGCCUGUACAGCUCUCUGUACAAGUGGAGGACCUAAAGGAUGUAAGAAAUGUAAAGCAGGAUGGCUAUGGGAUGAUGAAACAGGAUGCCAAGAUGUGGAUGAAUGUGUUGGAGAGGAGCAACCAUGCAAAGAAGAAGAGUUCUGUGAGAACACCCAAGGAUCCUAUAAGUGUGCUGCAUGUCAUGGCUCAUGUGAUAAAUGUAUAGGAGAGGGCAAGGAUAAGUGUGUCAAAUGUAAGAAGGGCUAUGAGAUGAAAGAAGAUGGGUGUGGAGAUACUGAUGAGUGUGAGCAAGAGAAUAUAUGUGAAGGUGAUCACAUGGCUUGUCAUAAUGUGCCAGGUAGCCACUAUUGUGACUGUGAAGAUGGCUAUGAAAGAAUGGGCAGUGAAUGCAUAGACAAAGCACUUUCUAACAAUGAAACAGACCAGGCAUCUGAAGAAUCAUCUGAGAAUUUGGAAUCUACCACCACUGACGAAGGGGAGGUUGAUGCAUCCACUGGUGAAGCAGUAUUAAUUGAUGGCAGGGAAACUAAUGAAAAAGACGCUAAUACAAAUAAAUUUGGAGAUUUAUCAAAGGAAAAUAAUGAUAUUUUAAAAGCUGGUCAGGAGAUUCCAAAUCCUCCUGAUGAUUUAAAGGAUGUGACAGAGGAAAGUACAGAAAAUAUACUAACUGAAACACCUCGUGAAGAAUUAUGAUGUUAUCUAAAUUAAGAUUUAAUUUAUUUAUUACAUAUUUUCCAUGUCGUAAGAAUAUCUCAUUGAUGAACACUAGUGCUCAGAUUUAAAAACUUUUUUUUCUGAGCAAAAAUUGUGUGAUCAAGAUUAUAUAUGUCACAUUGUGCCUUUAUAGAUGAUUGAAUGUGUCAUUUUCCCUUUUGAAGUUAUUUUCUGUACUUUCUGGUACACUUUGAUUGAGAUAUGUGAAAAGAGGUUUUAAGUUAUGAAGAUUUUGAGAAAACUUAGUGACUUGUCAUCAGUACUGUAGAACUUCGGUUAUUUGGUUCCUUGCUUAUUGAUAGGAGUAUGAUAUCUCAAGGUUUGCAUGUUAAUACAAAUAAUAUUUAAAGGGGAAUCCAACCCAAAUAAAAAAUUGUUUUUAUAAGGAAAAGAAAAAUCAGACAAGUUGAUAGGUGAAAGUUUGAACAAUAUUGGACAAACAACAAGAAAGUUAUGAAUUUUUAAAAGUUGUAAAUAUUGGUAAUCACUGUACCCAUGGAGACUUCAAAUUGGCUGCAUAUGGGAUGUCAUAGUGAUGUAAGGCAAGGACUACUCUUCCAUGUACUCCAAUUCAUAUUAUGGCGAAAAUGUGAUUUUUUUUUCCCCAAAAGUUUUAUUUCAAAUUAAUAUUUUUCUUUCAUGAGGACAUAAAACAAUAUACUACCUGGGUUAUAUUUAGAUUACUGCCCCAGGGGAAUGGGUACUUAGGAGAAAACCACUAAUCCCUGAUAAUAAAGUACAUGGCCUAUGGGAAAGUUGUCCUUGCCCUUUGUCAUAAUUUACUUAUCCAGUUGCCAAUUUGAAAUCUACAUAGUAUUAGUGAUCUCAAUUUUAAAGCAGCUAUAACUUUCUUAUUGCUUGUCUGAUUUCUUUCAAACUUUCACCAUUCUGUUUAAUUUAUUUUUCUCCUUCCCAACACAACAUUUAAUGGCCAAGGCUGGAUUCCCCUUUAAGAGUCUUAUGGUUCACCAUGCAGUCAAGCACUAUUGAGUUUGGUAGCUCUAGAUUAUUUUGGGGAAAUAAUGAGAAUAAAAUAGAAAUGCGAGAAAGAGGGGUCAUUAAACUGAGUAAAGUCCUUAAAGCAAGGUGAAAAGACUUAAUGUUCUAGACACCCUGACAAUCUUUAAUUGGCAAUCCUAAUGACUUUCAAGCUUCCUUGAACAUCAAGUCUCUUCAUAUGCUUCAAGUCAUUACACCACAGUUACUACCUAGAUUCCACUCAGGUUCAAUCUUUUUAGCUCUGAACCUCUCACUAUUCUCCCUUAUCCAUUUCAUUACUUGUGUUUGACUGUGUUAUCGGAUAAUGACACUUUCAUCAAACAGUCCUAACCACAUGGUGAACUAUAUCGACAUGACUUCAAUGUUUGCAUGCUAUCAAGUCUCAAAUGUACAUGUUAACUGUUGUCCCAUUAUUUGUCUGCUUUGUUCAGAAGAUUCAAAGUUAUGUUUGCAAUUGUGCAUGCAAAAAAAAAUCAUGUUUAGAGGUUAAUAGUCAAUGACAAUAGGCAAUCAAAAUCAGUACGCGUGUGCAUAAUAUUUAACAUACCCAUUGUUAAUCAAUAAAAAAUAUGUUCAGAAUUUUUUAUUAAUUGCAUAUAUGUUUGUUACAGGGAUCAUAUCAUUUGGUGUAUCAUAUAAUUGUUACAUCCUUUUUUGGUCAGAUCAAAGCUGACCUGGAGCCAGCUUGCUUUUCCUUAGAAUUCUUUUUGCUGCAUCUGUCACUUCUAAUUUUUAUCUGAAAUUACUAAAAGGUAUAGAAUAAGAGAUUAAUAGUCACUUGUGUAAUACUACUUUGUCUACUUUCUAAAUCAUUUUAUCCAGGGGUAAAACUUAUAAUUGGGGCUAUUUAAUGUACUUCUGUCCAUGCCAAGAACCAUUGAAACCAAUAUCAAUUUACAGGAGUCAUUUUACAACUUAAAAGGACUCUUUUUUGUUGGGGGAGGGGGGGGGGACUAAUGUGAUAUUUCUAUUUAGUUGACAUGAAUUUGGUUUGUUGAUUGACUCAAUUAUUUCUUUGGCCAGUUGUCAAGUUGUCAGUUGAUCAAAUGUGGUCAAUUGUCUUGCUUUGCUAGAAACUUGUAAGUCAUAUUUAUUUCCAAUAGAACUUAACUGCAAUUUUUGGUGGUAAAUCAGAUUCUCAGUCAGUUUGAUUCCCAUCGACUAGUUGAAAUCAAAUCUUUGUAGAUUCAAAUCAUUAUUUCAGACAUGCUGAAAAAUUCAUGUUUUCACAAUUUGAUGAGGUUCAAAAGAAGUGCAAUGACAUUAAAACAGGAUAACAGAAUUUGAAUUGCAAUCAAAAUUAGCAAUUGAUGACAAAACAAUAAGUGUGUAUGGGAAGAAAUGGGCAUGUCCUUGGGCAUUUUACCAAGUCAAAGCCUCUUCAUUCAUGUAGGAAUUUAACAAAUAUCUAUUCAUUACAGCCAAAACAAAGGAGAAUUUGGGCAAAACUGCGGUGAAAGAUGUGCAAAAUUUGUUCUAUGGUGCUCUUAACAUAAAAUUCUUUAAAAGUGCACGUGACAAAUGGGAAAUAUGUAAACUACAUAGUACAACAGUGUAAGUUUUAUACAUAUUCACAGCUUGACAGCUGAGUAUUUUUCCUAAGAAAAACUUAAAUUAACAGGUUUCGCUUGGGAUUUGGACAAAAGGCUUUCCAUUGCCUUUCUCCGGCCUUAAGACCUGUGGCGUCGUGUGUUAGAAGCGUUGUGAUUCCAUAGGCUUGUACACUGAAAGAAGGGAUUUUUUUUUUUGCUUUUCAGAUUCUGAAUUUGAUUUUUUUUUCAAUAUGCAGGAAAAAAAUGACAAUGACAAUUAUUCAGAGCUCAAAUGGAUGGAAACCUACAUCUCUUCUCUAGAUGUUUUGUGAUUUAUUUUCUUAGCUCUUAUUGGGCCUAAAAUGUCAGGUAAGCUUGUUACACAUAAUUUGAAAGCUGUGCCAAAUAAGCAGGAGAUAAAAUAUGGUGAAAACUAGUCAAAAGCUGUAGAUUUCACCAAUUCAAGCUUGCAGAAAAAGAAUUUUAUGAUAUCUCGAUGUGACAGAAGUGAAGAAAAUAAAACAUGUAUUCUGAAAGGGGGAAACUCACCUGCUUUUUCUGUGUACAACUCUAUGGAAUUACUCCGCUUUUAAAACAAGAUGUCACGGUCUCAAGGCCGGUGAAAGCAUUUACAAGAAAGUCUAUUUUGGAAGCCCGAUAAUUGGCGCUAUUCUUAAGCAAAAUACUCAGCUGUUAAGCGGUGAAAAUGCAUAAAACUUGCAUUUCUAUAUUAAGUACUUUAUUAGCUUUCAAUUGGUAUAUGAUUUAUCAAUUUCAUUUUUGGGUCCGGUCUGGGUCUUUAAUAUUAAGUGACAUAUUCAAAACAAUUGAUAAAACGAUUGUUAUUAAUAGUGAAAAUCCUUUUUAAAAAAUCUAAAGUUUCUACAUGUAAUUAUGCUUUGUCAUAUUCAUAUACAUGCAAAAUGAGGGCCAUUUCAUAAAGCUGUUCGUAAGUUUAGAUCGACUUCAAGAACAACUGGUGAACCUUUCUUAUGCGCUAAACCAUCGCAAUUGAACAUUUUGGUGUAUGCAAUUUACCACAAGAAAGGUUCACCAGUCGUUCUGUAAGUCGCUCUUAACUUACAAACAGCUUUAUGAAACACCCACCAGGGGCCUGUUUCAUAAAGUGUUACAACUGUUGUAACUUUGUCAUUAUGGCAACUACCAUGGUAACCUUGAUUUUGAUUAGCUGCUGAGCCCUGUUGCCAUGGCAGUUGAAAUAGUGGCAAAGACACAACAGUUGUAACUCUUAAUAAAAUUGUCCCCAGGUCUGAUUGGCAGCGUUUCCACUGAUGCAUUGUUUUAAAUCUAAUUUUUUAGCCUGAAAAUAGUGUUUCUGUGAAAUUCUGUUUUUUAUCAAUUUUCUAUAUUGUGGAAAACUGGGGACUUUACCUUUUUACAUCUAUCACAAUGGUUUUCUGCAUUCCCAUUUAUUUUGUCCAUGAUGAAUGCAAGGAUAAGGAUGAAAAAAUACUAGUGGGAUUUCUGCAUUAAAGACGCAGCUCUCACUUUAUUAAGGAGCCUUACUGGGUAAAUACCAAGUAUUAAACAGGCAUAGUAGUAAGUUAGCUUUUCAAGAUAGGGCACGUUAUAUAAGUAACGUAUAAGGGUGAUAAAACACUCAAAUGAAAAAAGGUAUAUGUUUCGCUAGGAAAACUAUGUGUGUACGAUCCAAUUUGCAAGGGUAUAAAAAGACUAAAAUGCUCAUAUAAAGGAUGUACAUGUUCUUUUUGCCCCAAUACGUGUUUAGGGUCCGAUUUGAGCGAGGUGUGUGGGGUUUUAAUAAUCCCAGUGAAAGUAAAGGUAAAGCCGACGUCCGUGACAUAACAAUGAAGAUAUUUUUGUACUUGUUUAUGGGGUCAAUUCAGGGAAUACUUGUCAAGGGUACCGUUUUGUUUCCAAUACUUGUUACGGGUAGAGUUUCACACACCAAUCCUUGUUAAGGGGUGCAUUUUCAGAACAUGGAAAAUACUUGUUAAGGGUGCUUUUCGAAACCCCAUGGUCACGUAUGGUAUCCACUCGUCAAUGGAAGUGCCCCCCCCCCCCAAGAGUAGCACUGGACUAAUCAGUAACACAGUCAGACUGGCUGUAGAUGAAAGUAGGAUUUGAAUUUGUGGAUGGAAAUAUAAACAGACAUUAUACAAAGUGCAAUUCACCUGUUACUAUAUAAAGUGGAGUUUAUACAUUUAAAGGAUGUUAAAAGAUGGCUUUGUCAAUUAAAUAUAAUAAAACACAAGAAACUUUAUUUUGUGUAGACAAAGCAGGCCUUUGUAUAUUCAUUACUUGUAAUUCUAUGUUCAUAAGCCAAGCUGGUAUUAUAUCAUAUAGUCCUAUUGUGCUGGAAAAAUAAAACCUACAUGUAUAUGAUUAAUGUUUCAAGAGUGUGAAAACAAAAUUAAUUCUACUUAGUUAUCAAUCUUUCACUUUUCCCUUGAUAAUUGUGUUCUGUAUCAAGUAGCAUUACCCUUGAGUAAAGUUGUCAUUUUUUGCUAUUUUUGUUGAAAUUUGUUACUUGGUUUAUAUUUUCCCCAUUGUUUAAUUUAUGAAAUGCUUAUGAUUCGUCCCUUUAUGAAGUUUGUGAUUAAACAUUUUGUUAAACCUUGGUGACUAAAAUCUCUUCCCUUUAUGAAGCAUGUAAUUUGUGAAUCUAAAAAGGCUGAGAAGAGUACGGUUCUAGAAAUCUGGCAAUAUUCAUUAAAACAUAAGUUUUUAGUCAUCCAAAUCUUUUCAAGAUGAAAAUUGAGGUCAUUAUUCAAUUUUGUACUGGGUGUAAGAAAAUAAACUAUUCUAUAUGUAAUAAGAAUA